UGUGUUGGGCUUAAAUGAACGAGAGAGUAACACGGACAAAAGGAGACUGUGGAAGAUUAAGAGGGGCAAGAAAUCAAGACGAGGUAGAAAAUAAAAAUAAAGAAGAUACAAAAUAAAAGAAGAUGAUGAGAGAGAAGGUGAGCGGCUAUGUGAGAAGGAGAUCUAAAAGAUAGGGUCUUGGAAAAGAAUGUUUAUAUAUUAGAGAUUGAAUGGUUGAGAUUAUUUCAAACUAUUCCCCUGCCCAGAGCCCACCCUAAAGACUAAGCUCUCUUUUCUCUUCCGUAGUCCACCCUCUCAUCUUCUCGGCGCUCAUGCUCAUCCCGUAACCAUCGCCGUCGCUUCUUCUCUUCCCCUAUCAGUGGUCAGAAAAGAAAAACUGCAGCUACUCCGCAGGUUUUGAUGGGCUGCUUCUUGAGCAAGAGCAAUGCGCAGGCAGAUAGCUUCAAUGACAUUAAAGAUAAUACAGCACCGUUGCCUGAGCAGUCAGUGGUUACAUAUGCGGCUGAAUGUGGACCAUAUUCUGAUAAGAAUGGAAGUCGUGAUGCACCAGCAGCCUCGGAGAUUGCUCAAUCAUAUGGAUUUAAGAGAUAUGAAUACCAAAAACUAGCAAAAGCAACUCGUUUUUUCUCCAAUGUACACCGCAUUGGCGAGGGUGGUUUUGGGAUAGUCUAUAAGGCAUCCUUAGAUGAUGAUGAUGUUGCUAUAAAGAAACUUAAAAUAGUAAAGCUGGAGAAUAAAUUGGAGGAGAUUGAGUACCUUAGCGUUGUGCGCCAUCCAAAUAUCGUUAAGAUGAUUGGAUACUGCAGUGAAGGAGAAGAUAAAUUGCUUGUUUUAGAGUUUGUUCCCAACAAGUCUUUGAGACAUCAUCUACAUGAUGAAGACAAGCUUUUGGAAUGGUCGAAAAGAAUAAAAAUCGCAAUAAACUCUGCCAGAGGAUUGCUUUAUCUGCAUGAAGAAUGUAAACCUAAAAUUAUACAUCGAGAUAUUAAAGCAGAUAAUAUUCUUCUCAGUGAUAAUUUUGAACCAAAGAUUGCAGAUUUUUCACUGGCGAAUUUUUUGCCUGAUACGGGUAAUAUUAACCAUAUCAGCAGUAUACUAAGGGGAACCAACAUUUAUGCAGAUCCAGAAUAUGGUGAUAAACAAAGAGUGUCAGAGAAAUCAGAUGUCUAUUCUUUUGGCGUUGUACUCCUAGAGCUGAUUACUGGAAGAGAACUUUCAGAUAAACAAGGCAAUACUAUUGUUAAUUGGGUAUGAUACUUAUAUAUAUACAUGCAUACACUAAACUUGUAUAUAUGUUUUUAGUUAAACAUAGAUGACGUGAGAGGUUUAUUUUUCAAA